GAAAUAAUGUACAACCGAUGUAAUGGAUCAAUGAACGAGGGAGGCAAAGUCUGAGUUCUAAAAGUACACUGGCUGAGAAUAGAUAACGCUAACUUUCAAAGUCGCAAUUAGUCAUGGCUGCAGAUGAGAACAUGUUUCUUAGAGCGAAAGAUAGGACCUUUACAGGGCUGACUGAAGAUGAGCAAGGAGAGUGGAGGGGGCCAUUCUGCUUCAUCCAGGCAGCCGACCCUCAGCUGGGCCUGAUGAAAGCCUGGAAAAUGGGGGACUGUGAUAGUGGAGGUGACGAGUGGGCAGAUGAGGUGCGCCUGACCAAACAGGCCGUGCAGGCAAUGAACAAACUGAGCCCCAGGCCUCGCUUCAUGGUGCUGUGUGGGGACCUGGUUCAUGCCAUGCCAGGCACGCCUUACAGGGACGAGCAGGAGCGGGACCUGAAGGAGGCUCUGAAGGGCGUGGAUCCCGCCAUCCCGCUGGUGUUCGUCAGCGGGAACCACGACCUGGGGAACGUCCCCACGGCCGAGUCGGUGGAGCUGUACCGCCGCAGCUGGGGCGAUGACUACUUCAGCUUCUGGGUGGGCGGGGUGCUGUGCCUGGUGCUCAACUCCCAGUUCUUCUUCGACGCCUCGGCCUGCCCCCACCUCCGGGACGCCCAGGAGGCAUGGCUGGAGGAGCAGCUAAAGAGGGCAGCGCGAGGCCCCUGUCGCCACACCCUGGUCUUCCAGCACAUUCCGCUCUACCUGUGCACCCCGGACGAAGAGGACGACUACUUCAACCUGCAGCGAGGCAUCAGAGAGAGCCUUAUCAAGCGGUUCCAGCAGGCAGGAGUGAAGGCGGUUUUCUCUGGACACUGCCACCGGAAUGCUGGGGGGAAGCACGAUGGCUUGGACAUGGUGGUGAGCUCAGCAAUUGGCUGCCAGUUGGGAACAGACGUUCAUGGUGUGCGGGUCGUGGUUGUGACCGCUGAAGAAGUGGUCCACCGAUACUACGGUCUGGACCAGCUGAGCGAGAGUGGGCUUGAGGAGGAUCUGAAGAAACUGCUGGCUUGAGUACAGCCCCUCACAGCCUUCUCAGCCUAUGGCGUUCAAGCUCCCACUGUGAGGAAAAGGACUGUCUGUCUUCAGAAAUCCAGCAAGAAUGAGUAAAAAUAAACUAGCCUAAUCAUC